GCAUUAUAAAGUCACUCCAGCUUCCAGAACUUGAAAAUUUUCGCAUUCUCUGGUGGCAUAAACCAGCUGGAAGCAAUAAAAUCAUUUGGUUCUCUGCUGGCAAGCUUCAUAUCUUUGUUGCACUCUUCAGAUAUUUGAGUCUUCUGACUAAAGGACAGAAAAGUGAAAGCAUUGCAGUUGAAGAAAAGUUACAGGGUCUUUGUUCCCUUCUUCCGUGCCACGCCCUUCUAUUGAAGUUGAGAUAGAAUAUUGCCCUUUCUAAACACCUAAAGACGUAAACACAUGCAUCGUAGCUGAGAUACAGAGUGCAUUCAGUUUUCUGUGAGUUCAUGGUGAAUUCGAAUAUUGUAGUUUCAUAUCAUCAUAAAUGCAAUGCUACAUUGUUUUCAAGAUGAAGAAAUUUAAAAGCAACUGAAGUGCAAGAAAAGUACUUCCUUUCUGAUCCAGAGCUUAAUGACCCUGUUCCAAUGGAUUUCUUGAGCCACAAGGAAAAAUAUGAAGAGACUGUGCGUAAAGCAUGUGUUGUAUACAAGAAACUUAAAGAAAUGCGAAAGGGCACAGGCAGCAUCGACAUAAGCAGAGAGAACAUCAUUACCUCUGUCAUUCAUUCUAUUUUGAAGGAUGGUGAUCCAUUUUCUUUAAAUAAUGUUAUGAUGAUACCAGUUAUUAUUGGGCAAGCAACACCUAGACAACAAGCCAUGUGGUUGCAGAGAACAAUUAACUAUGAGAUAAUAGGAACAUAUGCUCAGACUGAACUUGGACAUGGCACAUUCAUUAGAGGUUUGGAGACAACAGCCCAUUAUGAUCCUACAACACAGGAGUUCAUUCUCAACAGCCCAACUUUAACUUCUUACAAGUGGUGGCCGGGUGGAUUGGGGCAAACCACAAACUAUGCUAUUGUGGUGGCACAACUUUAUACACAAGGAGUCUACCGUGGUAUUCAUCUCUUCAUGGUUCAGCUCAGAAAUGAAGAGACACAUGAACCUUUGCCAGGUAUUAAAAUUGGGGAAAUUGGUACAAAACUGGGUAUGAAUAAUGUUAAUAAUGGUUUCCUUGGAUUUGAGAAUGUUCACAUUCCUCGUGAGCAUAUGUUGAUGAAAUAUUCCAAGGUGCUGGAGGAUGGAUCCUACAUCAAAUCUACAAAUGAGAAGCUGGCAUAUGGGGGUAUGACCUUUGUACGAGUGUCAAUUUUGAAGGUUGUAUCUACUCUGCUGGCAAAAGCAUGCACCAUAGCAAUACGUUACAGUGCUGUGCGGAGACAAUCUGAAAUGAAACCAGGGGAACCAGAGCCACAGAUUCUUGAUUACAGGACACAACAGUACAAGCUGUUUCCUUACCUGGCAGCUUCGUUUGCUCUGAAGUUUACAGGGAAGUGGUUGUUGAAUAUAUGCACUGAAGUAUUUUCGGAACUUGAGGAAGGAAAGCUGGAGAGAUUGCCAGAGCUGCAUGCCUUGUCGUGCUGCUUGAAGGCUGUCUGCACCACUGAAGCUGCACAAGGCGCGGAAACAUGUCGCCUGGCUUGUGGUGGACAUGGUUAUAUGAUGUGCAGCAACCUGCCUUCCCUCUAUGGGCUCAUCACAGCAGCAUGCACGUAUGAGGGAGAGAACACGGUUCUGCUUCUUCAAACUGCCCGAUAUCUCAUGAAGGCAUGGCAACAGGCUGUAGGAGGCAUGGCUAUGACCCCUACUGUGGCAUACCUCAAGCAGGCAGUCUCUGGAAGUAAUGGUACACCAUGCUGGGAGGGCUCAACAGCAUGCAUAGUCAGUGCUUUCCAGCAGGUGGCAGCAAGAAAAGUAAAGCAUAGUGCAGACAUUAUGGGUCAGAGGAUCCAAGAGGGUGUUUCACCUGAAGAUGCAUGGAAUAUGACAUCUGUAGAGCUUGUACAGUGUGCAGAGGCUCAUGGCCGUGCCAUUCUUGUGGAGAGAUUUGUUGCCGCUGUGGCAGAGCUGAAUGUUUCUGUUGCUCUGAAGACUGUACUGGCCCAGCUAAGGGACCUGUAUACCAUCUACACCCUCCUCCGCAACUCAGGAGACUUCCUUAUGUACACAGAGAUGACUCCAUUGGACUACUGUAAUCUGCAGAACCGUAUGGAGACACUGCUGUCUGAGCUGAGACCCAAUGCUGUUGGAAUUGUGGACGGUUUUGAUUUCCAUGAUGACAUUAUUGCAUCAACUCUUGGUUCUUGGGAUGGACAGGUGUAUGAUAGACUGUUUGCAGCAGCUUCCAAGAGUCCUUUGAAUCAGGACACUGUUAAUGAAUCAUUUCAUAAAUACCUGAAACCCAUGCUCAAAUCCGGCUUGUGACAUUUUGAUUCAAAUUCUGUACCUGACAGAUUCCCUGUAAGAUGUUAAAAAUGAAAACUUAGAAGACAACUCAUAAUAUUGUAACUAGCUACACCCAUUCAGUGAUCAGAGAGUCCCUGAGAAACUUAAAGUUCAGUACUGCAUUUGCAGGAGCUAACAACUGGUUCCUCAGUGGUCAGUCUUAAGUUCUUCUCAUAAUGUGAACAUUAAGAAGAGUUAAUUAUGCUAUGAAUCCAUCAGUCAUUUAAUGAUAGUUUCACCUUACUCAUUGCUUGAUUUUUAGAUUACUGAAAUAUAAUGACAGUGUUUUAUAUUGAGUUAGGUGGGAAGACAGAUUUGAUGGUGAGUAGGCAAGUGUUUGAGAGGCUAUUUGAAUAUACUUAUCAAGCAUUUACCCAGAAAGAUUGAGGAAAACCAUAAAUAGAGUCUGUCAUGGAAUUCAGCAAGCUGGCCAAGAUUCAAACCAUGUAUCCUCUGAAUGCAUAUCUCAUGUCACUGCUACACUAAUCUUUUUUGUUGUACCAUGGUUAAUAAGGGCUUGUUACAACCUUUAUGGUAUGCAUCCUGUUUUAUGUUAUUUAAGAUACCACCAACAAUGAAUAAAAACAAAUGUUGACACAGUA